UGACCUCCCUGUUUUCACCCAGUUAAACGCAUGUACUUAAAAGACUGGCUCCUCCAUUCACCCACACAAACACGAUCAGAACAAUAUCCAUGUCCACAAGGUAAGAUCGACACGCUGAUUGCCGGGAGCGGACCAUGGCGGCUGCCACCAGCAGCAACACAUCCACAGCCACGCUUCAGCAGAUAAAGCACCCCAGUAUUGAGCAUACACGGAAACGCAUAGACCCAAGGAGGAGGCAAGCAGCGCUGUCCUUUCUCAGCAACAUUUCUUUAGACGGCCGACCCGUGCAAGACGAUGCAGACGAUCAGAACCAGGAGGAUAACUCGCUGGAAGCACGGACUAGACAGAGCCUGGUUUCUCUGGAGCGCUUCGGGGCGCACGGCGCUGCUGGCACCGCCGAGGCUGCAGAGGCAUCUGUGGCUGCCGCUGCAGCGACCACGGCCACCCAGGCGCUCGCUUUAGCAACCCAGGCUCGGCUCGCCAGCUGGGGCAGCUGUGGGAUGGGUUCCGCCGCUGCCCCGGCGGCUGCAGACACGGAGGGCGACGCUUUUAUGCCCUCCACGUUCAACUCGCCUUUCUCCGCGGUCCCAGUGGCAACCAGAGGGAGGCUGCAGACUUACACUCAGGGAAUCCUUCCUGCCGCCUACUCCAGGCAGUUCUCCCCGAGCUUCAGCCUGGAGGGCGGACAGAUAGAGCAGCAGAGGUCAAGGAGGAGACUCAUCUCUCAGCGCUCUUCGUUAGAAACUCUAGAAGACAUUGAGGAAAAUGCUCCUUUACGCAGAUGUCGAACCCUAUCGGGUUCACCCCGACCAAAGAGCUUCAAGAAGAUCCACUUCAUAAAGAACAUGCGGCAACACGAUAUACACAAUGGAAGGAUAGUCCUUAUCAGUGGCAGAAGAUCCUUCUAUAGUGUAUUUUCUGUCCUGCCCUAUCAAGAUUGUAGCCAAGCAGGGGACAUAAGGGCGGAAGGGCGUCAGCGUCACCCGUCAGGAGGCGUAAGUGCCAAGGAAAUGGUGAUUGGACUGGAGGGAGUGGAGUUGGGAGCAGAUGGAAAGACUGUUUCGUACACCCAGUUCUUGUAUCCCACCAACGUUCUGGGCGGUCGAAGGAACACCAUUGACUCUACCUCGUCCUUCUCUCAGUCUCGAAACGCGAGCCACCGCAGCCUCAGUCUGGGCAGAGCCAACAGCAACCAGAGCAGCUUGGACACAGGGAACGACUUCGGAGACUUUCGCGAGUAUGACCCCAACCUGCUGGAUGACCCACAGUGGCCCUGUGGAAAGCACAAGAGAGUGCUCAUCUUUCCCUCUUACAUGACCACGGUCAUCGAAUACGUCAAGCCCUUUGACCUGAAGAAGGACAUGAACGAGACCUUCAAGGAGAAAUUCCCCCACAUUCGUCUCACUCUAAGCAAGAUACGGAGCUUGAAAAGAGAGAUAAAAAAACUGGCCCAGGAUGAAUGCGGGUAUGAGGAGCCGACUGUGGCCAUGGCUUUUGUCUACUUUGAAAAACUCGUUCUUCAAGGCAAGCUGAACAAACAGAACCGCAAACUCUGCGCUGGAGCCUGCGUCCUCCUGGCAGCCAAGAUUGGCGGUGAUCUUAAGAAGCACGAGGUCAAGCUUCUUAUCGAUAAACUGGAGGAGCGAUUCCGGGUGAACCGCAGAGAGCUUAUAGCGUUCGAGUUUCCUGUCUUGGUGGCACUGGAGUUCAACCUGCACCUGCCUGAACACGAGAUCAUGCCUCACUACAGACGCCUGCUGCAGACCUCUUAGCAUUGGUAAACCAUCAGGAGGACAGCAGCUGGGUUCUCCUGAUCUGCCCCCCCAACCUUCUAGGAUUCAUCCUCCUCCUCCUUGUGACCACUACAGAUGAAACCCUUCUAUUCUCUCAUUUCACUAUGAUUCGCCAAAAACACUCUUAUUUUUAUUUUUUCAUAUAUACUAUCACUACAUGGACUUCUUACCAGUUUGUAUCCCAUCUGCUUUACUUCAAGUAAAUUUUCUCUUGUUGAUUAGGAGAACUUUUAUAUAUAUAUAUAUAUAUAUAUAUAUAUAUAUAUAUAUUGUUUUGCUUCUUCAUAAAUCUUGUCUUACCUCUUCAGCAGCAUUACAAUUUCAAACAAAAGCCUUUUUUAAAGCUGCUGUUUCUAGCAGGACUGUUAUUCCUCGGGAGUGACUCAUCUUUUUGCAAGUGUUUGUAAUGAAAGUGCACUUCUUGGCAUAUCACAAGAUUUUUUAACCAUCUCUGGAACUAACCCAGAAGAACAAUAAGCUAAACAUGUGUAAUAUAAUUGGACCUUUGAUCCUGUCAGAACACUUUCUAGCCAGAGAAAUCUGCAUGGACAUUUCUUAGUAUUUGUACACGGGCAAAGAAGAUGCAGCCUCUUUUCCGUUCAGAUCGUUUUCUACCACUUAAAUGUUUGCUACGGACUCCCUGAGGCCAGACACGCUUUUAUCAGUGUCAGAUUUCCUGUGCUCUAUGUUAGAGUGUAUUGCUGGCACAUUUAUGGUGCUUUGUUGCGGGAGCUGUUAACGCGUGCUAAAAAUGCCAUUAACCAGCAGACAGGGCUGGCGGUGGUGUGCUCGGACGUCGACGGGGAAGCGUUACGAUGCAAAUAUAUCUUCUCUUCUGAAGUGUCCUUGAACAAGACACCAGGGUUCCUACAGGCAAAAAGAACUGUUUGUUUUUAGCCCACUGAUGACCUCUGUGAGGAAUCCGUUUAAAACGAGGGCCCAGGCAGGGAGCACGGAAAAGUCGGAUCAAACAUUUGCUUUAACUUGAAUGUGUUGCUUUAAAACGUGCAAUUUCUUAAUAAUUUUUUAAUCAACUCCAGCAGUGAAACAAUUACUUUUACUGGUAUGUUCUUAAUAAGUCUUUAAAAUGUCUCACGCACUACCAGAGAGGUCACUGCAUUAGAAGUGUAAACUAAAAUCUGCUAUUUGGUGCUGCUAUACAGAUAGAUGGUGUUUUAAGGUGUAGUGAUCAUAAAAGCGAUUUUCAUAAGAGAAAGACUGAUUGUGUUGAUUUCAAAGUAAAAGAAAAAUGCUUCUUUCUGUCUGCAAGCCCAAAGAGACUGUUGUAUGAUGCACUCAGAGUACUCUGUGAGUAAGGACUCAUGGGUUAGCCUGUUUAUGCUUGUAAAUAAAAAACUUCUUUGCUUGUUCAAUCCGAA